UUGGUUAUACGUUUAGUAUCAGUGUGUAUUUGAUCAAAAAUGGACAGUGAAAAUAAAACGUAUAAGGCGUAUGAAAAUCGUCUCAAUGAAAAUUCAGGAUAUGAUGUUUGUGGAUUUUACUGUUCGACGUCUUAUGACCAGCAGCCUAGAAUUAAACUCUCUAAACACAAAGAGUUUGCCGAUUAUAACACUCGUUUAAAGACUUUUGAAAACUGUCCAAAAAAAUUGGAAUCAAAAAUAUCAACACUUUGUGAUGCUGGAUUUUUAUACAUAGGUAAUGGACAAAAUGAUCAAAUGUUAUGUUACUGUUGCAGUCAAGGUUUGAAAGAUUGGGAUGAGGAAGACGACCCAUGGGUAGAACAUAUACGUUGGUCUCCUAGCUGUACACAUAUAUUGUUAUGUAAGGGUCAGUUAUUUAUCCAAAAUAAUAAAAUAACGAAAUAAGACUACUAUUAUUUGUUAUUUUGAUUUUCAUAUAAAUAAUAAAUCAAUGUUAAUCUUAUAUAUUAUUGUAGUUUGAAAAAAAUAAAUGAACAUUUUUAAUAUUGUA